AUGGCUUCUGAGUAAGUAUCAUUUUAAUAAAAUAUAACUAUCAUUGAAAAAUCACGAGAAAUUAAAUGUCAUUAAUUUGUUGAGAGUACACUCGUAUUGAUCGAGACUAUUCGAGAGGUCAAAGGGCUAUUCAUAAAUAUGAUUUUUUCAUGCGUGUACUAUUAUAGGACACGUUGCACAUUGCUGUAAAAUAUAGAGUAUUUUCUUACAUACCCGUAGCAUGGGUAAUAUUUGCAGUAGUAUUUUUUAUUAAUUAUACUUAUUUCAAGCAAGAAAAAAUCAUUUUAACAUUGUAAUACUCUGGAAUAUUCUGGGCUGAAAUAAAACACCAGCAGUGUUCAAUGUUUUAGUGAAAUCAUGCACAAUGUGAAUACUUGUGAAUUUAAUAUAUCUAUAAAUAUUGCCUUAUGUUUGACUAUUAGUAUUAUCAUUAUUGCUUGAUAUUUAACUGGCCAAGAUAUUUGGAUUUUUUAUUUAAUUAAAGGGUUAAUUUCCAUAUCAAAAACCUUGCAUUAAAUACAAUCCUGAUGCCCCUAAUCCUGACCCUGACCUAUGUGACAUUAUUUCAGGAUUUGUACUACUAGAGUGAUUACCAUGUACAUAUUUUUUAUCAUUUGUUUUUUUGUUCUUCAAUUAAAAACAUAUUUUUAAAGGUCUCAAAUAUUUAUUUCAGAUUCAAACCACAUCCACAGGCCUCCCAAAUUGCCUCAAGGCUUUGGAAUGCUGAUCAAAAUCGAUUGACACCGGGCGUUGACUAUGAAUUAGACCUACAAGGAUAUACGAAGAGUUACGAAAGGACUGACCGUGCUCGGAACCCACUGUUCAGCUGGGUAAAGCCUGAGGUUUUUGAGAGACCUACGUAUAAAGGUAUGUGUAUUUUAUUAUUUUACUCUGUCUAAUGCCAGACAAUUUUACUCUUCAGGAGAAGAGUGCUGCCACUCAAUAGGGUAAUCAAACUAUCUGCCUAUGCACACUGUUAACCCUUUAAGUAGCAAUGUGCAAUGUACCCUACUUUAUUAUUUUACUCUGUCUAACACCAUUCUAUUUUACUCUGUCUAACACCAGAUGAUUUUACUUGUCAGGGGGAGAGUGCUACCACUCAAUGGGUUAAUUAACUCAAAUAACAUCCACUUAUUUGGGGAUUUGUGUACUGUGAUCUCAUGUGUGGAAAAAAUUGAUUGUUUCCCUCAUAUCAUAUUCACAUAGCUUUCAUUGCAUUACUGGACAACUACGAAAGAGACACAGGUCGUGCAGAAGUGGUCACCCAGGAGGAGAUUAACGAGAACCGCAAGUUUAUCGAUCUCAUUAUGGAAACGGAACCAAUGAAAAUAGCUCACGAGGUUUUAGCCAAGUUUAAGAAAUCCCCACAGGAUGUCCGAGGGUUUAAACAUCAGCUCUAUCAGAUCUGGUUUGAGCUGUAUUCUAGAACGAAAGGAAAUAGGUGAGCAAUGAAUUGUUUCAAGAUGUUAAGUGUGUGACUAAAAAAUUUCAAAGCAUGUAAACUGCACAUCGUUUUUUGAUGUGUUGUCAGCAGUCCCUCCUUUCCCCUCGCACGCCUGGGAAGCUAAACCCGCGGAAAGGAGGAAUGGCUCACACUCUGUGAUCAGGGUUAUGUCGCUUAUUUUGAAGGCCAAUAGCAUAGCAGCACAUAACAUUUUUGUUUCUGGAAUUUCUAAGUUUUGGGGUUAAAGUUUCCUGCUGAGUUUACUAAUAUUCUACUGUGAGUAGCAAAAGUGCAGCCUUUUGCUUUAUUGUAGUCAUUUAAUAAUUAGUAGAAUCAUAUUUAGAAGUUAUGUUUUCCACUACAGUAUGCACAUUAUUCAUAUGUGAAGUUAUAUGAAAAUUACAUGUACAGAUACGGUAGUACAUCAGUAUUGAUUCAACUGUAAUUGUUAAUUGUUUUUCAUUAUGUUGUUUGACCAGAAAUAAAGAUUCUUCAGGGUUUGAACAUGUUUUUGUCGGCGAGAGUCGGGCUAAGGAAGUGAUUGGUUUUCAUAAUUGGAUUCAGUUUUAUUUUCAAGAAAAAAUGGGCAAUGUUGAUUACCAGGGCUAUAUCCGAGGCCGUGGAGUUCGUGGGGUAAGUAGUACAAUUUUUUAGGUAAUUUGUUUUCUAUUCUUGAGUGUAACGUUAUUUUCACCAAAACAUUUGUACACAGAAUGCUCAGUUCAGUUUUGCAGUUAGAAUUUUCGGUUCUACACACUGUCAGUUAGAAUUGCAACUAUGUAUAGAGUUGAUCUACCUCUUCAAUAAUACAAUACAGUACAAUACUGUAUAUACAGUAUAAGUAAGUUUAACAAUAAAACGUGACGGAAAUAUUGAGUGAAUGGAAUUCUGAAAUGUUUUUAGAAACCAAGUGAAGACACUCAUUUGGUCACGAUUCAAUUCGAGUGGAAAGAUCAGGUGAAACCAGUGGGGAGUUCAUUCAUUGGAACUAGCCCAGAGUUUGAAAUGGCAUUAUAUACCGUGUGUCUGUUGAUGGACUCAUCUGGUGUUACGAGCAUUGAAAUGGAAGAUAUGGAUCUGACGAUCACUACUCAUCGCUUUAUCGGACGAAGCUCAGAUAACAGAGACAAACAUUUCAUUGCUUCUUCAUUCCCUAAAGCUAUGUGA